AAACACGGUUUAGAAUAACACCAUUUCACUGGCGUCUCUCUCUCUCUCAUAUUCAUGCUCGCUCUGCCCUGAUCGCACUGCUGUAAACUCGUCUAUGAGAAACGCGUAGUCUAUUCGAGUCGGGCUGCCUGGCUACAUCGCAUCGUUAAAACCUUGGUUUAGAGGACAGGAUAAGAUAUAGCGGCUACUAAAACAGCAACACAAAUAUGGUCGGGAUGAGAGAUGUGGUUUGCCUCCUGCUGCCAGCCGUCGUGCUGUUCGGCACAUCGAUGCAGGUGGAAGUGAAAGGUGGGAAAGAGGGAGAAAAAGCAGGGAAUUUCAUGGAAGAUAAGCAAUGGCUAUCAACCAUUUCUCAGUACAGCCGGAAGAUCAAACACUGGAAUCGCUUCAGAGACGAAGUUGAGGACGACUACAUCAGGAAUGUGGAGGAAACCCCAGGCUCGGAUGAAACUGUGGACACCACCAAGGAUCCGUGCCAGAAGGUGAAGUGUAGCCGCCACAAGAUCUGUGUUACCCAGGGUUACCAGAGAGCAACGUGUGUCAAUGUCAACCGGAAGAAGCUGGAGCACAGAAGCAGACAGCCUGUAGAGUUGAUGCCUCAUGAGAACACCUGUCAGCCCUGCCCUGUGGCCGCUGCCUCCCCUGUGUGUGGUACGGAUAAACACAACUACGCCUCUCAGUGUAAGUUGGAGCAGCAGAGCUGUUUAACAGGGAAGGAUCUGAGUGUGAAAUGCCAGGGCAUGUGCCCCUGUGCCACCGCUGCCGCCCCAUCACAGAGACAGAGGACAAACACGGCAAGUACACACACAGAGAGCUGUACCGGGCAGGACCUGGCAGACCUUGGAGACCGCAUCAGAGACUGGUUCCAACUGCUCCAUGGAAACGCCAAGCAGAACAACUCAGGCAAGCCUGGACCUGGCACCGCCUCAGUCCUGGACAAGAGUCUGGUGGCCAGCUGUAAGGAUUCCAUAGGUUGGAUGUUUUCUAAGCUGGAUACUAAUACUGACCUGUAUCUGGACCAGGCCGAGCUGGCAGCUAUCAACCUGGACAAGUAUGAGGUGUGCAUCCGGCCCUUCUUCAACUCCUGUGACGGCUACAAGGAUGGGAGGGUAUCUACCGCAGAGUGGUGCUUCUGCUUCUGGAGGGAAAAACCCGCUUGUCUGGCUGAACUAGAGAGGAUCCAGGUUCAACAAGUGGCCAAGAAGAAGCCUGGCAUGUACAUCCCCAGCUGCGAUGAGGACGGCUACUACAGGCAGCUGCAGUGUGACCAGAGCAUGGGAGAGUGUUGGUGUGUUGACCAGCACGGAGGAGAAAUUAUGGGCUCUAGAAUCCAUGGCAACCCUGACUGUGAUGAACUGCUGGGAUAUUCCGGAGAUUUUGGGAGUGGCGUGGGAUGGGAGGAUGAGGAAGAGAAGGAGGAGAACGGAGAAGAGGCGGAGGAGGAGGAGGAAGAGGAAGAGGGGGAGGCAGACGACGGAGGAUACAUCUGGUAGAAACUGAACCCAAACGGAGAACCUGGUCAGGAUGGAUCCACUGGCCCACAACUACAGGGAUGAUGGCUGAGGCUUGCGUCCCAAAUGGCACCCUAUUCCCUAUGUAGUGCACUACUUUUGACCAGGUCUCAUAGGGACACCCAUAGGGCUCUGGUCAAAAGUAGUGCACUAUAUAGGGAAUAGGGUGUCAUUUGGGAUGCAAGCAUCUUUGUCUCCUAACAGCAAAAGAUUUGGGGAUUUCGGGGCAUGGAAUUCUGUCUCUAUUGUCACCGUGUGGAUCUGGGGAGUGGGAGGUGUGGGGGGGGGGGGGUACAGGGGUGAGAUUGCUACUUUUUGUCUUAAAUAUGUGAAUUAUUGCUUCAUUCUUUUCUGUUCUGUAAAGCAAGAGAGCGUUCUGUUUCUCUCUCUAGCGACACCAUAGAGAACUAUCGUCUGAUAAUCUGGCCAUCAAAUGUUACUGUCAGAAAUGCAUCUAGUAUCAUACAUUUAUGUUCCAUUGUGACCAAUUGCUUGAAUAUUGAAAUCGCAGAUCUGCUAAAAUGGAACGGAUUGAGACCUGAGACAGUGGAAAAGGGUUCAAUAUUUACCUGGUUAUGUUGUCAAAAUCAGAGUUCCUGCGUAUAUAAAUCCUGUAGCUAUGAUCUAUGAAGCAGGACAACGAGACUAGACUACUAUGGUUAUAUCCCAAAUGGAACACUGUUCCCUUUAUAGUGUACAGCUUUUUAUUAUCAGGGCCCAUAAAGCUCUGGUCUAAAGUCUUGCACUAUACAGGGAUUAGGGAGCCACUUGGGAUGCAUGCCUCUCUUUAGAGGGUGAUUCCACUACUGAGAGAAAUUAUUAUUUUUCUCUGAAACGUUUCUUAACGAAGCAUAUUUCUCGGUUCGAUUUUGACGCGGAUGUCAUCAAAGUAAUGUUGCUCAUUGGAUCAUUUGUGAAAAUGACCGUGUUUCAUGCAUUAUGUGGGUAAAUACAGGACUGAGAAACAGGCUUGUUAUUCAAGGAAGGCUUUUGUGCUACUUUAUUGCUAAAAGGUAUAACUGAUGUACACGGCUCUCGGCGGUCUAUAAACCUUUAAAAUACUAUAUAUAUAUAUAUCGAUUAACAUAGACACAAUAACUACUAAUAUCUCUUAUGAAACUGCUAUGGGAACCUUGUUACUUAUUGUGUUAUUUCAACUCAAAACUUGUAGAAUGUAUAUUACUUGUCCCAUCAACCUACAUCACCAAGGGUAACAUCCCAAAUGGCCCCCUAUGCCCUAUAUAGUGCACUACUUUCUCAUACAGACUCUCUGGUCCAAAGUAGUGUACUAUAUAGGGAAUAGUAUUCCAUUUGGGAUGCAGACCACCAAGGGUAACAUCCCAAAUGGCCCCCUAUGCCCUAUAUAGUGCACUACUUUCUCAUACAGACUCUCUGGUCCAAAGUAGUGUACUAUAUAGGGAAUAGUAUUCCAUUUGGGAUGCAGACCACCAAGGGUAACAUCCCAAAUGGCCCCCUAUGCCCUAUAUAGUGCACUACUUUCUAUCCAGGGCUCAUACAGACUCUCUGGUCCAAAGUAGUGUACUAUAUAGGGAAGGGUAUUCCAUUUGGGAUGCAGACACUACCUUAUCCUAUGGGAACUCUGUAAAUCACUUGUGUCCGUCGAUGUUCUAUUCUCAGUCUUUAUUUUGGUGUUUAUAAAACAAUGUGUAUGCUACUUGAAGUUCUGUGUGUAUACUUGAAAUGUCACCGUUAGAUUGUUUUCUACGAGUAUAUUGUUGCCAUUAUUAUUCCAUCAGUUGUUUUUAGUAUAUUGCACGUCACAGUGAACAUGAAUGUACUUCUCCUAGGCUGAGCCCUUUACUAUUAAAGCAUUGGGCCCCCAAAAAAACCUCUUGCAUUUUCAGUACUACUUUACAAAUAGCAUCUCUCCUGCAAUUUUUGUAAGAUUUGGGUGGUAAAAUCUCUGAAUCCUUUCUGACGCGACUUCUGUUGAAUUGUUAGAAAUAUAGUGAUGUGUACUUGUAUGUGAUCCACAAAAUGACUGACAAUGGAGAUUUUAAAAACAAACCCAACGUACAUGGAUAAUUAUAGGAUUCUUUAUUUCCGAGUCCCUGUCACCUAAAAUGGACGUUUAUGUCAGAGCUGAACGUGGAGACAGGUUUUCAUUUCAUUGGUCCUAAACUGCCUCCCGACGUCAGGAAAUGAAACUGCACUCUCAACAGUAUCGACCCUAGCUCAGUGGUCCCGACCCUAGCUCAGUGGUCCCGACCCUAGCUCAGCGGUCCCGACCCUAGCUCAGCGGUCCCGACCCUAGCUCAGCGGUCCCGACCCUAGCUCAGUGGUCCCGACCAUAGCUCAGUGGUCCCGACCAUAGCUCAGUGGUCCCGACCAUAGCUCAGUGGUCCCGACCAUAGCUCAGUGGUCCCGACCAUAGCUCAAUACUCUCGACCCUAGCUCAGUGGUCCCGACCAUAGCUCAGUGGUCCCAGCCAUAGGUCAUAAUCUCGACCCUAGCUCAGUGGUCCCGACCCUAGCUCAGUGGUCCCGGCCAUAGGUCAUAAUCUCGACCCUAGCUCAGUGGUCCCGGCCAUAGGUCAUAAUCUCGACCCUAGCUCAGUGGUCCCGGCCUUAGGUCAUAAUCUCGACCCUAGCUCAGUGGUCCCGGCCAUAGGUCAUAAUCUCGACCCUAGCUCAGUGGUCCCGGCCAUAGGUCAUAAUCUCGACCCUAGCUCAGUGGUCCCAGCCAUAGGUCAUAAUCUCGACCCUAGCUCAGUGGUCCCGGCCAUAGGUCAUAAUCUCGACCAUAGCUCAGUGGUCCCGACCCUAGCUCAGUGGUCUCGACCAUACGGCAGAUGCUGAGCCACAGUUGGCCUUGUGGCGCGACAGGCAGAAGAGGACACCACUGUUGUCCUUGUGGCACGACAGGCAGAAGAGAACACCACUCUGGAAGCAGAUCAAUAAUGUACGCCUACAGGCUCAAAGUGCCAUUUGCCACCUUUGUCUGCAUCCCAAAUGGCCACCCUAUUGCCUUUAUGGUCCACUACUUUUGACCAGGGUCAAUAGGGUUCACUUUAUAAAGAAUAGGGUGCCAUUUGGGACUCAUACUCUGAUAUAAACAUAAAGGAGACCGAGCUACAUCACCAACAAUACUCUGAUAUAAAACCUAAAGGAGACCGAGCUACAUCACCAACAAUACUCUGAUAUAAAACCUAAAGGAGACUGAGCUACAUCACCAACAAUACUCUGAUAUAAAACCUAAAGGAGACCGAGCUACAUCACCAACAAUACUCUGAUAUAAAACCUAAAGGAGACUGAGCUACAUCACCAACAAUACUCUGAUAUAAAACCUAAAGGAGACUGAGCUACAUCACCAACAAUACUCUGAUAUAAAACCUAAAGGAGACUGAGCUACAUCACCAACAAUAAUCAAACCUAAAGGAGAGGGUAGAGAUAUGCUAUGAUGCACUCUUUGGAAGUUGCAUGAUAACAGCCCUGUACCGAAGAUUAUAUUUAGAGUUAAUGGUGCAGUUAUACAGUAUUUUCAAAUACUGCUCAUCUCAAACCUACUUUAUUAUCACAUGUAGAUUAGAAGUGUGGAUGUGUAGCAUUUGCAAUUUAAUCUACAGCCUUACAACAAAACAUGACAAGUGAGGAGUACAUUCCCCUAGAUUAGAAGUGUGGAUGUGUAGCAUUUGCAAUUUAAUCUACAGCCUUACAACAAAACAUGACAAGUGAGGAAUGAUUGUUAAAAAUAUUUAUGGAAUUUCUCACAUUAAAAUGAUCUUGAGUUAUCAUAAGUACAUCCAGUAAUAAUGUCUAUGUGCCAAAUGGCAACCUAUACUUUAUAUAGUGCACUACAUUGGACCAGGGUCAAAUAGGGCUUUGGUCAACAGUAGUGCACUAUGUAGGUAAUAGGGUGUUAUUUGGGAUACAACCUGCGUGUUUUGUCAGCUCCGGGAUAAUGAAUUGUACAAAGAAAGAGACCAUCUCCAUUUUACAUUAUUUACAAUGAAUACAGAAAUGUUAAUGGUAGUCAAUAGUUAAAUACUGAUAUACAGCGUUGGGGGUCAGUUUCAUUUAAAUUCAGGUAGGAAACUGAAACUCCAAUUAAAUUAAAUAAUUAAAUUGUUCCUCAUUAAAAAGCUUUGAGAGUAAAUGUGAAUAUCAGUUUUAGUUCCUCAAUUGAAAUGGAACUGAGCCCAAGGCUGGCUGAUAUAAAGGCUCCUCAAUUGAAAUGGAACUGAGCCCAAGGCUGGCUGAUAUAAAGGCUGUUAUUCCCAGAGAUUCAGAGCUACAGACGUACUCUCAUAUCAUUGUACUGAUAGUCAAGAAGUACCCGCAGCAUUUCAACCAUAGAUUUGUCUGAAUCACAAAGCCAAUACUUCACAUCAUGGACAUUAUAAAUCAUUUCAAUAAAUGACCUACACAGCAGACAGGAAAUGUGACAAGUAGGUUGAAUCAGACUGACGAAACAUUCCCCAUCUAUUUAAACUAUAAGGCAGUAUUAGCCUACGUGGCUGGAAGUACCGGUUUCCAUUAAUUCAUUCUGAUAAUACAUAAUAAUCAACUAAAAUAUGUCAGUGAUGGCCAUUUCAGAUUCAAAUUAAAUUGACAUCAAGAUAAUAAAAAAUGUUGCAAAUGACAGAGGCUUAGAAUGACAAAGAAGAUUUACUAGUAGGCCUAGAAAUUAGAGGUCGACCGAUUAAUUAGGGACUAUUUCAAGUUUCAGAUU